GGGUGGCAACGCUUGAUUGUUGAUUAUCGCAUUGAUGACAGGUUAUUUUAUUGCGAAAAUUUGUUUCCAAAUUUGCGAUGUUUAAGACAUGGUUUUCGUUAACAUGCCUUCUCGUGUGUACGUGCUUAAUCCAUGGGCUCCCGGAUGAAGGGAAAUGGGACUAUAACCUGACUACGGACUAUAACAGCUUGGUGUUAACGAAGAGCUUGUACAGGGGGGCGCAAGUAUUUAUUAAAGUCAACUGUGAGUCACAUGUGCACGACUUGGAUUUAAAUAUAAAAAUCGUGAUUGAGCCGUCGCCGUGCUGGGAUUUUAGUAAUACGGUUAAGGAAGUCAAUGACCUAAUGAAAUCAAACCUAGGCACCACCAUAAACACGUCCGUGUACCGGAAAAACGGUGCCUACAACUGCGACCACAUCGUCCUUGACCCCGCCCCCUUAAACAAGGACGACAAAUCUUUAAUGUCAUCUUCGUCAAAUAAUCUCCCCAUCUACCUCAUCCCCCACGAUGGCGUCUACGUCUUGGUUUUUGAAAUGAUGCCUACCACCAACACCACCGACCUGAGUGUGGGUGUCCACGUCGAAAUGAAAAGUGAUUAUGGCUACUUAUCGGCCGCCGAUUGGCCCCUGCUUCCAUUUUACGGUUUCAUGUGCAUCUUCUACGUGAUUUUGGGUAUAAUCUGGCUGAUGUUGUCCUUCCUCCAGUGGCGUGAUUUGCUGCGAGUCCAGUUCUGGAUUGGCGGCGUAAUCUUACUAGGGAUGUUAGAAAAAGCCACUUUCUACGCGGAAUAUCAGAGCAUCAAUAACACAGGGAUGAGGGUUCAAGGGGCUAUGUUGUUCGCCGAGUGGGUGUCGUGCGCGAAGCGCACUCUAGCUAGAAUGUUAGUCGUGAUCGUCAGUCUGGGUUUCGGAAUCGUCAAACCUAGACUAGGUUCCACUUUACAUAGAGUCGUAGGAGUAGGGUUUUUGUAUUUCUUCCUAGCCGCAUCUGAAGCGUACUUAAGGAUCAUGAAACCUAAGAAUGACCAAAAUCGGGAUUUAUUGGUAGCUUCUGUCCCUUUGGCGGUUCUUGAUUCGGCUAUCUGUUGGUGGAUUUUUAGCGCGUUGGUUAACACCACUAGGACUCUGCGAUUGCGCAGAAACGAAAUCAAGUUGUCUCUCUACCGCCACUUCACCAACACGCUCAUUUUCGCUGUCAUUGCCUCAAUCUGCUUCAUGUUGUAUUCCAUUAAGACACAUCGGAUCGUUCAGUGUCUCGUCGUUUGGAAAAAUCUGUGGCUUGAGGAAGCGUAUUGGCACAUCUUGUUUUCUGCUUUGUUGCUAGUCAUCAUGAUUCUGUGGCGGCCUACUAAUAACAACCAGAGGUACGCUUUCGUGCCUCUUCUCGAUACGGGCGAAGACGAAGAGGAAGAACAACUCGUGAAUGACGCAUAUGGAGUGAAAGUGAGGAUACACCACCCGAAACCGGCUUCCCCAAGGUCGAAUUCUGUCGACGAUGACCUCAAAUGGCUCGAAGAAAACAUCAAGAGUGAUCCAGCUCUUCCCAUUUUAGAUUCGGAUGAAGAACUAGUCAGUACAAGGUUUGAGGUUUCCAAAAUGCAGUAGGUUUUUUUAAAUUGUGAAGUAUUGACGCUUUUGGCAUAAUGCCACAGGGAGGACGUGCCAUCAAGCGUGAAAGAAGCGCGAUUAUUGGUUAAGCGAGCUGAUUGGUCAGUUAAUUAUACAAUGCCAACUUAACCAACAACCGCUAAUUUAUUUUCUCAGUGAGUAUUUAAAAUUUAAGUUGUGUUUUUUCCGAGAAGGAUGGACUGUGUUCUCUUUAAAAAUAUCGUAGGCUCUAUGGUCAUAGUCACGAAUUGUUAUCUAAUUUUCAGUAUUAGGUUUGUUUUGCGGUGAUAAAUGUCAGAGAUUAGAACACGAGGCUGACUAGUAAAAUUCGUGGUAGUGGGAGUGAACCAAUCAGAACUCAAAAUUGCCUGUGGCCGGGACGACGCGUCGUGUUUUCAUCUCGCACUUAGAUUUUGUAAAACACACCCUCCUAGUGUUUUAUAAAACUUUUUAAAAUCUUUGUACAUACUUAGCACACACUUAACUAAAUGUUAAUUUGAUUAAUGUAUAUAUAUCUAUUGAACCAAAAAAUUGUUGCUACUGAAUGGCUUCUUGCAAAUUGUAGACUUGUAUUGUAGUAAUAAAAACUUAAUUACGCUAA